GAAGUCGUCGACUGCACAGCCCGCGACCGCGUAGAUAGGGAUGCAAAGUACUGCUCGGGGGUGGAAUAAGGAGCAUCGCUUCUAACUCGGCUCGCACUCCUUCUCCACGUUUCGAGCUGCUGCGUGUCCGAGCGCGUUUUCUGCCAAUUCUGCCCACCGACCGACAACAAGAGUGAGUGCUGCACAGGCGAGUGACAGGGAAAAAAUUCCCCCUCCCCUUCCGCAGCGCCCGCCGUGGACGAUUCUUAUUCAGUAGCAGUCAAACUCACUCAGGGAGCAAGGCGACCAGCACCUCUGCCCUGCCGAGAGCCGCCCGCGUGCAAGCAAACUGUGCGUCCGCAAGGUGUCAGUAGUCUGAUUGAGGGGUGGAGGGGAAGAGGAUGCAGCAGCAGCAGCAGCAGCAGUAGCCACCCUCGCCUUGCUCUCAAGAAAAGCUCACAAGAAGCAGCAGCUCUUCUCGCGUGCGUGUGUUUGGUGCGGGGGUUCAAGAGUCCGAGGAAGCGCCAGACUCGCCGAGCGGCAAGCGGCCCGCUUGUUGCCGCCGAGGCCGCGAGCGCCGCUCUCGCACUCGCCUAGCAGAGAUGCACCAGUGUUGGCAACAAGUUGCGCUUCUUUCGUUGUUGUUGUGACGCGCGCCGACAGGACAGCUUGAAUGACCGCGACCAUGUCACAGUUCGGCUUCACCCCCGCCACGGCUGCCGCGGGGUCUCCUCCACAUUCGUCAAGCACCUCACAAGUGGCCGUUUCCAGUCCAUCGCCAGUAGCGGCGUCGUCGUCGGCGCCACCACCCCCAGGAAGUCCUCCCAUCGUGGCGCCGGUGGCCACGGCGCCGGGCGCAGCCCCUUUGGCUUCGUCAGCGUCCGGCCGGUGUUGCGACUCAGGUCGGCCGUUGUUCACGGACCCGAUCACCGGACAGAGUGUGUGUUCGUGUCAGUACGACCCGCAGACGCACCUCCUCAACUAUCAAAGACUGGCCACCGCCGGCCUGCCGCUCUCCAUGUACAGUGCCCCUUACAGUGAGCAGAUGGCCGCUUACUUCCCAUCCCUCGGCGCCGCCGACCAACCACCCUUCUAUGCCACAGCGCCUGGAGGGUUGGACCUCAAGGACAACUUGGCCGGGGCGCCUCCAGGGUGGCCCUACCCCUCCGUCUACCACCCCUAUGACGCUGCGUUUGGACCCUACCCCUUCAACGGGUACGGAAUGGACCUGAACGGGGCGCGGCGCAAAAACGCGACCAGGGAGACGACGAGCACCCUCAAGGCGUGGCUCAACGAGCACAAGAAGAACCCCUACCCGACCAAGGGCGAGAAGAUCAUGCUGGCCAUCAUCACCAAGAUGACCCUGACGCAGGUGUCCACGUGGUUUGCCAAUGCGCGACGUCGGCUAAAAAAGGAGAACAAAAUGACAUGGGAGCCGCGCAACAGGGUCGAGGACGAUGACAACAACAAUGACGAUGAUGAUCGCCCUAGUCGGAAGGACAGCAAGGACCACCUUGACUCGAAAGACUCAGGGACUGCGUCAAGUGAGGACGGCGAGCGUCCGCACCAUCGACUGGAGUUGAUGAACAGGCCGCCGCGACCGGACACGGGCACCGGCAGCGACUGGAGCGAUGCACGUCCGGACAGCGGUCCAGACUCGCCCGAGUACCUGUACGAAAAAGCGCAACACCACCAGCACCACAUGCUGCACCAUCCGGCAGUCAAGGUGGCCCCAGGGUCACCACCUUCGGACGGUGUGGUCAAGCCGCGCAUCUGGUCCCUCGCCGACAUGGCCAGCAAAGAAAACGACCAUUCGGCGCCGCCGUCGCACCACGCCUCCGCCUUCUACUCAGGCAAAUUGGUUCCGGCGUCGAUGGCGGCCCGAGCGGCCGCCGCCGCGGCCGCCGGCCUCGCCCAACACCCGCCCCACCACCCCAUGUACGCGCGGCCGCCGGCGCCGCACCCUGACCUCUAUCGUCUCUACAGUGGCGCCGCCGCGCAUCUCCACGGCGGCGACGUUUCCCUUCUCGAAUCCUACACGCGCCAGUUUGCCCUGAACGGCGGCGCCAACGGUGCCCCCCUCUCCAUGUUGUCCAAAGCGGCGGCCGUGGCCGCCGCAGGAGGCGCCGCCUUUCUAAACGGCGCCGCCGGCCUGACGCCGAUUCCCUCGUCGGCGUCGUCCAGCUCGGCCUCUUCGAUCGAGCACCAGCUGCACUCGGCCGGUCUAUUGACCAAAGUGGGCGGGUCUUCGAGCCCUCCGCCGCCGCACACCGCCCUGCCGGCGGACAAGAGCCCUCCGAGCAGCACGGCGGCCAAGGCUUGACUAGCGGCCGCCGGCGGCGUCGCCAGGCCAGGCGCCCGCUACGCCACCAACGUCGCCCUGCAGUGGUGAAGCCGAGAGCAAAAACUCAAAAGUGCUUUUCGUUUUUCCAAAAUAAAAAAUGAGAUCAUCUCCGUGUGCGUACCAAAGACAAAUCGCCGAGACUCUUUUCUGUUUUAUGUGAUGACGAACCGCGCAUUAACUUAUAUAACCGUUCGUGAAUGGAUUAUACAUACAAAUAUCUCUGUCGUUGUGUGUAAGAGUUAAAGACAUGAUUAAAAAGAAGAAGAAAAAAACGCUGUUCGUGUUUCGGAGCGAAAAUGUGUAACACAAUUAUAUUUAACACACGCAUUAUAAAUUGCAAUUACUACGUGGCGCGUGGAGAGAGAAGAGGUGUUUCAUUAAUUAUUUUGAUCAAUUUCUUGAUGACUGGCUACUUUUUCAAUGUGAUACAAAAUAUCAUUCAUAAUUAAUUAAUUAAUUGCGGUUAAUUACUCGAGAAUAAUUAUGUGUAUAAAAAACAUACGCCAAGUACAUAUUAGUUGGUAGGUGAGCAUUUUAUAAAGAGGUGUUUUUAUUUGCCGCGCGACAUUUUUUUUCCUUUUUCGAGUCGUCGACAUACUAUUAUUGCGUAGAGAGAGUA